GAGCGGGCGGCGCGCCGGAAGUGCGCGGGCGGCGCCAACCGGGACCAGAGCGGGGCUGGAGGCCCGGGGCCGCGGGAUGAGCAAAGGCCGCGAGGCCGCGGCGGGCGGAGGCGCCGCCGCCGUCCUGCUGCGGUACCUGCGGGAGCAGAACCGCCCGUACAGCGCCCAGGAUGCCUUCGGGAACCUGCAGCGGGAGCACGGGCUGGGCAAGGCGGCCGUGGUGAAGGCGCUGGAGCAGCUGGCGCAGCAGGGCGGAGUGCGCGAGAAGGUCUACGGGAAGCAGAAGAUCUACUUCGCUGACCAGGAGCAGCUCCCGGCCGCCAGCGAUGCGGAGCUCCGCGGGCUGGACGGGGAGAUCGCCGAGCGCUCCGCCCAGCUGCAGGCGCUGCAGCAGAGCUGCCGGCACUUGGAGGCGGAGCUGAAGGACUUGAACAGCUCCAUGACAACCCCUGAGAUUACCAGGGAGAUCGAGGCGCUGAGGAAGGACUGUGCCAGUUACACGGAGAAACUGGAGAGGAUUAAGUCUGCUACCAACCAUGUGACUCCAGAGGAAAAAGAGAAGGUGUGCCGGGAGCAGCAGCUGUACCGCCGGGAGUGGCGCCGGAGGAAGCGCAUGGUACCGCCUGUGCUGCGGGUGGGCACUGACAGCCCCGCUGGGGCUGCUGCCCACAGCCCUCACCUGCCCUGUCUCGCCAGGCCACCGAGCUGCUGGAUGCCAUCCUGGAGGGGUAUCCCAAGAGCAAGAAGCAAUUCUUUGAGGAGGUUGGGAUAGAGACAGAUGAGGACCACGGCGUUGUGAUGCCAGCGACCACAUGAGGUGCUGGGAGAGCCUUUGUUCUGGGGAGAAGCUGCUGCGGAGCUGCCUCUGAAACUUGGCUGUUGGGUUGUUCUUUUUCUCUUUUUGCAGGACUGGCAUUGGUCCUGUGUAUUUAUUUAGUUUUGUUUUAAAUAAAUGUUUUGUGGUUGGAAAGGUGGGUGGGUAGAAGUAACUUGGCACUGGCCCUCUCCUUGCAGUGGAAUAUAAUUUUUUCCUGCCCCCAGUGCACUGAGCUGCAUGGCUGGGGUCUGAUGUGGCUGGGGGGACACAUGGGGGCUCUGGUGCUGAGUCCCUGGUGUUCUGGUAAGGAAAGGCAGAGAGGGACUCUCUGGGCUGCAGAGCUCUGUCCAUGUUCUAGCUGCUUCCUGCUGUGUGCUGGAGCGGUCACGUCAGAGUAUGAUCCAUUAAACACCAGGAUUUUGGUUCAGCUGCA